CGACCAUAAUGGGAGUUUGUGAACACGUAGAAACUUUGGGACAAUCACUCCGAGCACCUAGCAUUUCUGAUACAGUUUACAAAGAUGAGUGUAUGAGAUGUUUUGAUAGUCAAGACUCAGAGAAUGGUGUGGAUGUCUGCUUACACUGUUUCCACGGUGGAUGUGCGACAGCAGACAAUAAUUCCCAUCAGCACGCAUAUAACCACGCCAAAGAGAAGAAUCAUCCGUUGGCGGUAAACAUAAAAAGACGCAUUAAGAAAUCACAAGUGGAGAAGGAGGAGCCACCACUUAAGAAGUUAGCAAUCGAAGAAGAGAGAGACGAAGACAUACACAGCUACGACUACAAUUUGAAGUGUUUAGAGUGUAAUGCAGUAUAUCCCAGCACAUCGAAUAGCACCAUAGAAUCCCAGAUUGACGCGAUCGUCAAGGCAGAUUCAAACGCCCAUAAGUCGGAAGUGAAAGCCUGGGAGGAGGAAUUGACUGGCUGUGAGCACUCUGUGAGCAUAUCGCAAACACAGGUGCCAAAAAAGGAUGUUCAAAUGUCAGGUGCGCACUGUCACGCUUGCGAACUCAGUGACAAUCUCUGGCUAUGUCUCACGUGUGGUGAAUUAGGCUGUGGUAGGGCCCAAUUUGGUGGAUUGAAGGGCAACUCACACGCUUUGGCACAUUUUGAGAACACAGGUCACGCUGUCGCUGUCAAACUUGGUACUAUCACCGCAGAAGGUAGCGCUGACAUUUACUGUUACGCGUGCAAUGAGGAGCGUUUGAAUCCAAAUCUUGCAACAGAUUUAAGUAACUUCGGAAUAAACAUCGCAGCACAGGUAAAGACAACAAAGAACCUUACAGAAUUGCAGCUAGAGCAGAAUUCAAAGUUUGACUUUAGCAUGACGGGCGAAGAUGGACAUGAACUCCAACCAGUGUUUGGCAACUGGUUGACCGGAUUGAAGAAUCUUGGCAACAGCUGCUAUAUGAAUAGCACAAUUCAGUCGUUGUUUAGUUAUGAGGAAGUAAAGAAGUACUACUCGGAGCUUUUUGCCAAACUCAAUAAGGAAACUGUCGAUGACCCAGCAAACAAUUUGGAUAUCCAGCUGGCAAAAAUUGCUGAUGGUUUGGGUUCUGGCAGAUACUCCAAGCAAUCUAGACUGGGUGGUCAAUUUCAAGACGGUAUCAAGCCAGCAAUGUUCAAAAAUCUCAUCGGGAAAGGCCACCCAGAGUUCUCGUCAAUGAGACAACAAGACAGUGAAGAAUUCUUAGGUCAUUUCUUAGAAGUACUCAGACGCACAUCUAAGAAUACACCGAAAGAUUUGAAGAAUAUGUUUGCCUUUGUUGCUGAACAAAAAUUGCAGUGCACGUCAUGCAAUAAAGUUAGAUAUAGGUACGAUAACCACGACAGUCUGAGUGUCAACAUCCCCGUAAUCGAAAAAGGCAAAGUAUACGACGAGAGCUCAAAAUCCGAUAAAAUUGCAUAUGAGGAUGUCGACAUGCAAGACUGUUUAUCAGCGCUUAUUCAACCUGAGCAGCUCGAAUAUAGUUGUCCAUCGUGUCAAACGCAGGUUAAUGCCAUCAAAACAUGGAAAUUAGAUACAUUCCCAAAUGCCCUCGUGAUACACUCUCGCAAAUUCCAUCUCGUGAAUUGGGUGCCAACGAAGCUUGACAUACAAGUAAACGGCGUCGAGAAAGUUGAUGUCACACAGAUGAAGUCACAAGGUAGACAAGAAGGUGAAGUUGAUCUUCCAGAUAGUAACGACGAUAAAGACGAUGAAAUCAAAUUCGACGGUGACUCGAUGACGGCUUUGACUGGUAUGGGUUUCUCAGAGAACAGAUCUAAAAGAGCCUUGAUUAACACCAACCAUUCGGGCGCUGAAGCUGCAAUGGAAUGGUUGUUCAGUCAUAUGGAAGAUGAAGGACUUGACGAACCCAUUGAGGUCAAGGAAACGGAAGAAAACCAAGAUGUACCAGCAGAGUUGAUCAACACAGUCGCAGAAAUGGGCUUCACGCAGAAUCAAGCUCGUAAGGCUCUAAAAAGUACACAAAACAGCGUCGAAAUGGCUGUUGGCUGGCUCUUUGAGAAUCCAACCGAUCCAGGUGAGGAAGCACCCAUCAAAGAAUCGUCAAAGGGUGGUGAAGAUGACCUCAUUAAUGUCGUUACCAGUAUGGGAUUCACUGAAAACCAAGCAAGGAAAGCUUUGAGACUAUCCUCAAACAAUGUCGAAAUGGCCGUCAGUUGGCUAUUCGAAAAUCCUACAGAUGCAGGUGAAGAGGCAGCUGAGCCUAUGGAUGAAGAUGAUUCCAAGCCUGGUCAUGUGAAUUCACCAGCUUCGUACAAGCUCAAGGCCUUCAUCUCCCAUAAAGGUCCUUCGGUUCACUCAGGUCACUACGUAGUACACGUUAAACAUGGCGACAACUGGAUUCUUUUCAACGACGAGAAAGUCGUAAAGGAAUCAGAAACAAACUUGAACUCAUUAUUAGGUAAAGGUUAUGUGUACUUCUACGAAAAGAUUUAAGUUAUCAAUCAAUGCAUUUAUGCCAUC